AUGAGCAUUUAUGAAACUCCGGCCCACUGUUAUAAUAUUGAAGAAGACGAAGAAAAAGAUGAUCACCCUUGGUAUCACGAUAUAUUGAAAUACGUGAAGAAUCAUGAAUACCCGGACCAGGCAAGCGAGAAUGACAAAAGAAUGCUGAGAAGCUUGGCCAUCAAUUACGUCUUAGAUGGGGAGAUCCUAUACAAAAGGAGAAAUGAUCAGGUGCUAUUAAGAUGCGUAGACGCUGUAGAAGCUAAUAAAAUCUUGGAAGAAGUCUAUGAAGGCGUCUGUGGGACGCACGCUAAUGACUUCACAAUGGCCAGUCAGAACCUCGAUUGGGGCAAUGCCUUUCUCUUUGGUCUACGGAAUGGAAGCGGUCUUGCCAGUCGAAGUCGAGAUCCCGUCCCUUCGAACGUUGUUGGAACUAAAGUUGGAUGA